AUGAACUUUAACCUCCCUUGCUUUAUUCCUUCAUACCCUCAUUAAUAAACAGCUUUUGUUUAUGUCCCACUCUUUUAAUCUUCACCUUAAUUCAAUUACUAUGUCCAGCUUUAACCAUUUUAAACAUUUGUGCCCUAAAAUGAAUUAAUAUAAUAGCUUCCCCAAGUUGAAAUUCCAGAGCUCAACUAAACAAGAGUAGAAUAACCACAACAAAAGGAAACAGAAAUUUCUUCAUCUACUCCACAUUAAUCGGCUAUAAUUGAUGCCAAGACUGCAUAAGAUAAGCCAAUAUAAAUAUAGGAAAAAAAAUCAAAAUCAUCAAAUCACUUAAACAACUAAGUUUAAUUUGAAAAAGAGUCAAAGAAUAUACAAAAGAAUUACGCUAAAGCCAUUGCUGGCUUUGUUUAUAAAAAUAAAUCAUUAGCUUCAAAAAUCUUAGGCAAUUAAGAAGUCGAUGAGUUUAUUUAAUUAAUAAAGCUAAUAAAAAACUAGAUCUAAAAUGUUAGUCAUAUUUCUCAAUAUACAAACAAUUAAGAUUUUAUUAAGGCUUUUAGAAUUUUAGGAAACUAUUUCCUAAGAACAAAAAGUAAUUCUUAUAUAUUCAACUCAAGAAUAUUAAAAAAGAAUAGCCAUCUUAGACACAAAAAAUUGAUCCACCAUAGUCUUCUAAGAUGUUGA